AUGAAUGGACGUUAUGAAACAGCCAAAGAGUUUUAUGAGCGGCGAGAGAUGGAACAACGCGCGGAGGAGCGGUCGAGGCGCGAGUUUCUGCGGACGAUUCCCGGGCAGACGCCUCAUAAUGAUUAUAAUGUCCAUCCUCAACCUGAUGCGCCGCUCGCUACUCCGUCAUCGUCGUCGUCGCCUUUGACUAGAUCUUCUUCUCAGCAUUAUGAUACUUCUAGCACUGACAGCCGCGGCAAUCAAGAUUCUGGUCGCACAUAUAAUCCUAAUCGUCGGUUGUCCGAGAGAGUAUCUGACCACAUUGAUGGAGACGGUCACGAUUAUACGGUCCCUAACAAAUAUCCACCCUUGCGCACCAGAACCCGUCGGAGCGCAACUGUCCCAACCGAAGGACGUAAUUCCCUCUGGCGUCCGCGCCCUCGCAACGGCCUAGGCGUUGUGGCUGAAGACUCCCACUGGGACCCAGGAUUCAACAACAGCUACUUAACCUCCUCCCCCUCCUCCGAUGACGACAACCGCACUUAUGUCGACUACAACCAAGACCAGUGCCACCAAUACCACCCGUUUCCUGAACCAACCCUACUUACCUCCGAUGCCCAAACCAAACCCAACACAAAAACCAACUCGAUGAAAAAGACGGACUAG